GCAAUUAUGGACACGGUAAUAUACCCUAAGAAGACCUGAGUAAGACAGCAGAAACGAGCAAACAAAAAGGGAAAGUCACAGAGACAAAAGAAAGGAACCGUCAGAAGAUUUACUACUGGCUACUACAUAAUUCUGAAACAUGGGUUUUGGGUAUUUCCAAACUAUGACAUGAUUCUAAAUCAAGAACAUGGCCGAUGUAAACGUAGAGGGUGAGGAGGGUAUGAAGCUGGAGUUGGGAAAAAUAGUCACAGAGAAAGUAUCGGAGUCCAUAAAGAAUAUCGACGUAAUGGGAAUGCUGCAGAAGAUGGUGGCGACGCAGCCAGAGGACGAGGAAUCGGAGGAAAUACGCCAGAAGUUGCAAGGAAUUAUGGACCAAUACGAGGCGUUUUCGGACCAGGAUAAGGAGCAGUUUGUCACCCAGCUGAAGGACGUUCUGGCCAGCAAGCUGUCUCUGAAGCUGCAGAAUACUCCGCUAGAUAUGUCCGGAAUAGAGGAUGCCAUCAGAGGUGCGGUGAUGCCGCAACUGUAUAUGAUGGCGGCUGCAGCACUUAUCGUUUUCUUGCUGAUAGUAUUCUUCGGCUACAAGCUCUACAAAUCGAUAAAGGAAAAGGAAAAGAAGAGGGAAGAGAAAAAGAAAAUGAAGCAAAUGAAGAAGAAGAAAUGACGCGAUUGUAGCCUAAGUACGCUAAAUACGACGGUGAAUGCUUGGAAAAUUGUGAUAUAUUUAUCGUUUGGUCGUUAGAUUUUAUUCUUGUCUCUCUAAGUGUAAUGAUCUAGCAUGAUUCGACCUAGGGCGGGUCCAGAUUAGCGUGACUGUGACCUGACGCGGUCUCGGGAUGGAUUGCUCGGGUAAAUUCUAUGAGUUUAAAGAUCAUGUCGAGAUCAUUUCAGACUUCAGUACAGUACCUACGUGACAUACUUCUGAAAUGUCGCGGUCAUAGUCACGUCGUCUAAAGGCAGCUUAAAAGAAAAUGGAUCAAAAUGCGACGUCGAUUUGUGCUAGGCAGGUUGAUGUAUUAAUGAAUGGAUACCUUCCUACUAGUUUAACUAAAGGUGGCAAAUUACUAAUUAGAUGUUAGAUAGUGAAAUAUAUCUCCUUGCCAUUUGGUGUGUAGAUUGUCAUAUUUUCCAGGCUUUAUCGCUAAUGACUGAUAACUUAUUAAGAUUAUUAUUAUUUUUGUUAACGCGAAUUUUUCAUUACGACUACGAAUGUUUUGAAAUGAAGGUGGACCUUUCUACCGUACUGUUAUACGUAAUAUAUCAGAUGUUGUAUUUUGUUAUUACCUAUUGGUUAUUUGAAAGUUUAUCGAGGCUACCUAGUACUUGCAUCUCAACAACGAUAUCCCUUUUAAAACUAAACGAAUUUUUAAGAAUUUAGAUCCUAAACUGUGGAGUUUAGAACUUAGAUAAGUGUAUACCUACUUUAGUAAGUAUACCAACGUACAAUUAUUUCCAAUUAUCUAAAUUAGACCAAAACACUAAAUUGUGUUAUAUGUGAGUAAAUUAUAACAGUUAAUUUAUAGAAUAGUAAAUGUUCUACCUGUAGCUUUGCAAUUUUCUCGAAACAUUUACUGUUACAAGUCUAUUGCUACUUUAUGUAUUUGGCAACUAUUAAAAGUACUGAGUUCCAAACAUUUUUUUAAUGUCCACAAUAUUAUUUGUAGAUUUUAUUAUUUUUAAUUCAACACGUACUUGUGCGUUUAGGAUGUCCAUUUUUUUACGAAGUUACAAUGCUCUAAAAUAUUUUUGUAUACCUAUUUAUUUAUACUUGU